GUCCGUCGCCAUCCGUUCUUUGGCAUAUUGACAUUAGGUGUGGAUUGUUUUGACAUGUUUAUUUGCUAUUAGAAGUCGUUACUCCCAAAUUUCCAAUCAAAAAGGCAUUUAGAUGGCUGCCAGCACGGGCGUUGAGAAAAAUGAAUAUCCGAAAGCAUCAAAUGCUCUCGUUUUCGGAGCAAUUUUGACCUAUGUGGCCAGCUUGGCGUUGAUGAUGGCCUUCUGCUCACCCUAUUGGAUCGAGUCCUAUCCGGAAACGCACAGCAGCUUCAAGAACAUGGGCCUUUGGGAGUAUUGCUUCAAGGAAUACACAUAUCCUUACUACCAAUUCCCGCGGACCUUUGAUGGCUGCCACAAUAUUUUCAGUGAGGAAUAUUACGUGAUACGCGAGUGGCUGGUGCCCGGGUGGCUCAUGGUUGUGCAAGCGUUUGUGACGUUGGCGUUCAUCCUAACAUUUUUCUCGCUGGUUCUGAUGUCUCUUGAGAUCGUGAGAUGGCCUCUGAAAGGAGUUCUUCAGUACGAAUGGAUUAUGACACGAAUUGCAUGCAUUUGCACAGGAAUAUCUUCGGUGUUCCUGUUUCUGGGCGUCACGAUAUUCGGUGCCAACGCCUACAGACGUGAUUGGUUGAUGUAUCCGAAAUUCAAUGUCCUUUCCUGGGCCUAUUCCCUGGCGGUAGUUGCCUUUAUGAUUCUAGGAUUGGCUGGUUUCGUUCUACAUCGGGACGCUAAGCGUGCCUAUGAGGUGAGAAGCGAAGCGAAGAAUCUCGUCAUGCAAAUGGAAAUGCAGGAGCCUGGCUUCCAAGCGGCGCCGCAUCAUCGCUCGCGAAGCCUUCAGGGCUACAUAUAAGGAAAUAUUCCAAAAAUUGUCUUUUUUUAUUGUCUUUAGUGUUUAAGCACGUGCAAGGUUUCUAAGCAUGGCCUAAAUCCUGCAGUAGGAAAUGCUCUUAAAUCUUGAAUUUUAGAGUUUAUGACAAUUCAUCGCAGGUGAAUGCUCUCACAAGUCUCAUUCCAUUUUGUAACAAGAGUUCAAAUUAAUUCCGUCCAUGUACACACAUGUUUUAUGAAUCUACACGACGAUAUCUAUGAUAAAUAUAUUUUAAAACAAGUGCCUAGGUAA